AUGGGCAGCAGUGGACCAGUGGAAAUUCCUGCUGUUCGGAAGAAAAGCGCUGAAAUGUACCUGCAUGAUUACGACCUCGAUGAUGAUAUCCCAAUCGCUUCACCUCCGGUCUGCAAAACAAUCAUCGACGUUGACGAUCCCGUUGAUGCUCUCAGUGCCAAUAGAGAACAAACUAGACUAGUGGCUGCAGGAUGUCGUGGAGUGCUGAAAGUCUUCAAAAUGGACGAGGAUGGUUUGGAACAGGUUGCCGAUCUCAGAUCUGCGCGUAGUCGUCGCCUUAACUUGCUGUAUUCCCCGAGUAAUGUCGCUUGGAGUAAACUUAAAGAUCAUUUGGUUGCUACAACGUCUAACAACGGAGCUGUUGUGUUGUGGAAUGUUCUCAAAGGAAAAAUAGAGAUGCAUUACAAAGCGCAUCAGCGAUCAGCUACGGUAGUCCAUUUUCACCGUUCUAACGAGAAUUUACUGGUUAGCGGAUCAAGAGAUGCUGCUGUAUUUCUGUACGACCUUCGUGAACAGGAUCCCGUGAAGAAGUUUGGCGGAACAAAUUCAUAUGACGUCAUUCGUGAUUUGUCGUUUUGCCUUCAUCAAGAUCAGCACGAUCAGUUUGUUACCUCUGAUGACAGUGGAACAAUUCGCCUGUGGGACACAAGAAAAGGAGACAAGUAA